UAAGGUAAUUAGCAUAAGAAAUAUAUAUUUUGCGAAUUUGUGGCGCCUGGUAUUAGGAUCGGCCAUCUCCGUGUAUUACCGUAUCCUCAGAAUUGCCGUCAGUCGCGUACGGCUCGUCGCGCCGUCAACGUCGUGGUAGGGGGAUAGUGUAUACAUACUGGUGUGUGUGCUUUAUUCGUAGUCUUCAUGAGUGUUUCAAUUCUUGACAUUGUGGUCUUUUUCGCUUUUCAUCUAGGAAAAGUAUAAUAGGAAAAUAAGAAUACAGUGUUCUUAUAUCAUUUGGACAAAAGAGACGAUCAUGGAUUCAUGGAUGUACGAUGUGGUUUGUAUGAUGCCCGGUGGCGGCACCGAAAAUAUGAUUGGAAAUAAUAGGACUAUGGCGAACAUUAAACAAGAAAUUGAAAAUCCUACAACGCCUACGCAAAAUUAUCAAGUUUGUUCACCGACCACUACACUUCAGCAUCAAGAGGUGAUUUGUAGUAAAAUAGAAGUUCCGCCAGAUUAUGGUGGAGGCGAAGGUAGUCCUGGAAGUCCAGAAAUGCACCAUUGUUCGUCAACUACGCAACCUUUAGGAACGUCUGAGGAAGGCGUUAAAGAGGAAGAUAUGAUACCUAGAAGGCUUUGCCUAGUCUGUGGUGACGUUGCAAGUGGAUUUCAUUAUGGAGUUGCAUCUUGCGAAGCGUGUAAAGCUUUUUUCAAAAGAACCAUACAAGCGAGUAAUUUUACAGGUAAUAUCGAGUAUACAUGUCCCGCAAAUGGGGAAUGUGAAAUAAAUAAACGCAGGAGAAAAGCGUGUCAGGCAUGUAGGUUUCAAAAGUGUCUUAGACAAGGCAUGUUAAAAGAGGGAGUCCGAUUGGAUCGUGUUCGAGGAGGGAGACAAAAAUAUAGAAGAUCCACCGAUCCCUAUACGCCAGUGAAACCAGCUCCCUUGGAAGGUGAUUUCUUUAAUAAUCCUUCAAACAUAGCAACAGGAGCUUCUAACGAAAUAAUAAAUAAUAAAAUGCUGGAAGCUUUGGCUGCCUGUGAACCCGACAUGCUGCAAGUAUCAAAUAUCUCUCAUACUCUUGACACAGAUCAAAGAGUACUUGGACAAUUAUCUGAUUUAUAUGAUCGGGAAUUAGUCGGAAUAAUUGGCUGGGCAAAACAGAUUCCAGGAUUCAGCAGUUUAGCUUUAAACGAUCAAAUGCGGCUUCUGCAAAGUACGUGGGCUGAGAUAUUGACGUUUAGUCUCGCGUGGAGAAGCAUGCCAAAUAAUGGUAGAUUAAGGUUUGCACAAGAUUUUACUUUAGACGAACGACUUGCCCGCGAAUGUCAUUGUACAGAGUUAUACACGCAUUGUAUCCAAAUAGUAGAAAGGCUUCAAAGAUUGGGAUUAACCAGAGAAGAAUAUUAUGUGUUGAAGGCAUUGAUAUUAGCAAACAGUGACGCAAGAUCAGACGAACCACAGGCAUUAUACCGCUUUCGAGAUUCUAUCUUAAAUUCAUUAUCAGACUGUAUGGCCGCAGUAAGACCAGGACAAGCGCUUCGUGCCACUCAAAAUAUGUUCCUAGUGUUACCCAGUCUCAGGCAGGUCGAUGGAAUUGUUAGACGAUUUUGGUCUAGUGUGUAUCGAACGGGAAAAGUACCAAUGAAUAAGCUCUUUGUAGAAAUGUUAGAAGCUGCUUAUUAUCGAUGAAAUAUCAACUCGAACUCGAUUUAUUAAUAUCUAUAUUGAGGACUUCAUAGAAUCGCUGUUAUUAAGUAACACUCGCACAUUAAGAAUGACUUAAAGGCACGCAUUUUGUUGUGUUCCUAAGAUAUAAGCAGAAGACAGUGAGUGAUAGUGAAAUGAGAAAAAGAAACGGAGACUGUACAGUUUUAUUCAUUUUCUGUAAGAGAAAGACUUAUAAAAAAAAAAAAAGAAAAGGCUUUAUUUUUCAAACACAAGAGUGUUGGAGCGUGGAGCGUUGGCCAGUGAUUCCAGCAGUCGUUGAAACUCACGAAACACCUUAAGAUAGCAGGCACAUUGUUUCGUCGAAAUAACCAAACUUUCCUUUUCGAGUACCCCAUUUACAGGUACAAAGAAAAAUACGAUGUUAUUUCAAGAUAGGAUACGUAGUACAAGAUGCGAGAUGCUUUUUCUGGAGCUCUCAUUUUAGGAUAGUUUACGAAAACCUGUCGCCAGACAGAAGAACCUACCAAAUAAAUAAAAUGUUUUCAUUUACGUAAGAUCGUAACACCGAACCGGUGAGAUCGUAGAAAUCAAAUGCAAAUGUACUAACUGUGGGUGUUUGACGUUAUAGGGUUAGAGCAUCGUGUUACCAAAUACUACCAGUUCAAUCAAAAUUAUAUGUAGCUCCGAUUCGAACGUUAUUUUAGUUAUGUCUUUUCUCUGAAAAAAAAAAAAUCCAGUCAAUUUGAAAAUAGAGGAACGCAGACUCUAUAUUUUUAAGAGUGUUGAUAAAAAGAUGAUAUCAUUUUACAUAGAAUAACUGCACAUUUUAAUACUAUUAAAUAUAAAGUGUAAAGAUCGAUAAAUGUAAAUCGAUGUGUGUACUGCAUUGAACAUCCAUAGUUAUAGUUCAGCAAAUGAAUUUAGUAUGUGCUAUUGUACAAAUCGAACCAAUUACGUGAACAGAGCUGUGAACAGUGAACAAGGAAAAGCAAAAGAAUGGCUGGAUCGUUCUCUAAUUAGCGCCAUGCUGUUUUCUACGAGAUAUUGUGAAAAAAAAAAAAAAAUGUUUCGAGAACGAACCUUUGGCCAGGUUGCCAGGUUCUUAGGAAGAGCAGAAAAAAAUUUAAUCGAUUGUUGAAAUGAUUGCGAAAUGUUAUUCGCGCGUGCCACACGAAGAGCGUAGGAGAAUAUAUAUUAUAUUAUAUUAUUAUAUUAUAUUAUAUUAUAUGUAUUCAGGGAUCUUUAUUAUCUAGUUAUUAUUGUUACGAGAUCUGUGCAUAGAUCUUGCGCAUAAUAUCGCUUUUUUCGAAGCGAAGAAUCGUAAAAUAUCGUAUAGGAGCUACUACUCACAUAAAAGGUUCAUUUUUAAAGGAGGGAAAACCGUUUAUAACAAAUUAAUGGAGUUUUUUUUUUGUCGAUUACACGCAACAAAAGGCAAGGUUUCUAUCGAUUUUUGGAUCAGCUUUUUGUUAUUUCGCGAUUACUCGAUAUUAACGAUAUUACUCGAUAUCAAUGAAAGAAAGAAAUUGUUUUAUUCAAAGUUAUAAAUAAAUAUUAGAUUUCGUUAAGCGUUAAGCGGAUCGAGUCGCUCGAAACCUUGUGAUCUUAAAAUGCGAUGUAAUCAUGUGACGUUCAGAGUGCAAUAAUAUCAGGACAUGCGAUUACAUUUUUCUUUUGGUCAAUUGAUCGCGACGUCCUUUUAAGUUUCCUUUAUUUGUAUAUUUCGUCUUCGUUCUUCUAACGUUUGAAUCCUUGUUUAAAACCUCCUGCAUUUAAAUACACGAUGCAACUAGUUGAUAGACGCUUACGUAUUGCGUGUCCUUUCUCCAUUAGUUUUUCUCGAUUAUCCACGACGGUUCAUUCCUCAUUAUGAAAACAGAUAAUGCAACGAAUGCGAUGAGGAAAAAGAAAGAAGAAAAUCGCUGUUAAGCCACGGCGAAUUUUUGUUCCAUGUAUCUUUUCGGUCUUUUUUGUUUCAUUUUCUUUCUUUUUUUUCAAUAAUAUGAUUUCUUUUUUUUCUCCUUUUUCUUUUUUUUUUUCAUUGCAUUUUUUUCCCCAUCUACGAAUUGCAAUAAAAGAAAUCAUGUUAUUUGCUACACUGCCUUUCAGGUUGUAAAUUUUGGAAGAAAAUCAAAUGUUAAUUUAUUAGUAAAUGAUGUUGAUCGAAUAUGAUUCUAAAAUGUGUUAGAAAUGAUUUGUCGAAACGUUUGUUUUAGUUUAUGCGAAUAUUUAUCAGGGAACCAAUAAUCAAUAUUUCGAUGGCGUUUGUCACCUGUUGAUAGUAUCGGUUUUUUUUUUCCAGAAAAAGUUGUUUAAUAUCAAUAUUUAGUUAUCAGACGAUAAUACUGUUUGUACCGUCCAUAAUAGAAGAUGUUACGAUCGUGUACUAUAGAAACGAUUAGGCUUGAUAGUUUAAACAUUUCAAAUUUAUUCCUGUCAAAUUUGUCGACAUUUUUUUGUUUAAUUAUUAUAGCCGUUGGAUAUUUUGGAAAUAUUGUGUUUGAAACUGUGUUGAUUGUUUAACUCAACUCCAUAUAUAUUUUUACAUUUUAAUAGAAAAUGUAAAAUUUUCACGUGCUAUCAAUUUGUGAUCCACUUUUUUUAUCCGUCACACACGCGCACACGCGCCACACACACACACACACACACACACACACACACACACACACACACACACACACACACACACACACACACACACACACACACACACACACACACACACACACACACACACACACACACACACACACACACACACAGAGAGAGAGAGAGAGAGAGAGAGAGAGAGAGAGAGAGACGGACAGAGAGAGAGAGAGAGAGAGAGAGAGAGAGAGAGAGAGAGAGAGAGAGAGGGAGAGAGAGAGAGAGAGAGAGAGAGAGAGAGAGAGAGAGAGAGAGAGAGAGAGAGAGAGAGAGAGAGAGAGAGAGAGAGAGAGAGAGAGAGAGAGAUGUGAUUCUCUUUAUGAAAUUUUUGGGAAAGUGAAAGUUUCGAAUGAAUUUCAAACAGGCCUAAAAAUAUCUUGGCACAUACAUUAAUUUUCUUUUAAUUUUCAAGAUUUUAAUACAUACACAAAUACGAUGAUCGAAAAUACCAUACAAUAGGAUACAAUCCUUCGCCAUUAAAUCAAAUUUAUCUUAAUCAACGAUUUGAUUCAUUCUUUGGUAUGCGUGCCACGAUCAAGAAAAAAGCCGCUAGGAAAUAUUUUUACGAAUUAGACUUAACGUUGGAUGUUGGAUUUUACAAGCAUUUUUCUUUAUAACAUGUUCAUCGAUUCGCCGUGGCGAUAGAAUCAUAGUCUCAGGGUUUUAACCAACAACCAACAAAUAAACAAAUGAUACAAAUUUAGAUACAUAUAAAUAAAUAAGCGCGCGUAUAUUUGUGGAGCAAAACAUUAUAAUAAUAAUUACGAUAGUAAUAAUAAUGAGGAUGAUAAUGAUGAUAAUAAUGAUGAUAAAGGAUAUUAACAUUAGUAUUAAUGAUGAUAACGAUGAUGAUAAUAAAAAAAACAAGAAACGCAAUAUCGUGGUUUCUUGUAUAUUCUGUAACACGAAAUUUACGCAUUUGUUUUGCAUACUGGAUGUAUCCAGUGCGAAAGAAAUAUAAUUCUAAUGUCACUUUUUCUUUAUGAUCUUUCUCCCUGUGGUAGGAAGAAGAUUUGUACAUACAUAGUUUAUUCGUAUCGUGAAAAUUUACAUCAAUAAAUUCAACCACUUCCUGUAUUUUUUUUGGCACGGUAUAUACGAUUGCACAAUUUGAAAACGCUUCCGCUUUUCUAGCGAAACGUGCGUGCGCCAACAAAGAUGACAAAUGGAUCGUGGAUUUGAAAUGUUUCAUAUAUCAUAGCGUGCAGUGUUUACGAUUUGUUUCUUCUUCGAAAGUACAAUAUAAAGUGGUUCUUCGAAAAGUCCUUUUCUCGUUCGUUCGUCGGACUCACCAGACCAGUCGUAAAUUGUACCUGCUGCGAAGAAACGUUGCUUCUGCGACCUCUAUAUGUGUACAGAAUAUGUGUACAGAUACAUGUAAUUAUAAUUUUUAUAUAAAAAGAAAGGAUACGUAUGUGUGCGUGAGCAUUAGGUAAUAAGUCGAUCGAAAAUAAAAUAGGAAUUAAGCUCGA